AAUUCUUGGUGACUUUAAAAGAAGAAGCUCCAUACCUAGCCCUUAGCUCAUUAGAAGGUAAUGUUUCUAUGACUGCAAUGGAGAAAUGAUGAGGGACACAUUAAGAACAACUCAGGAUCAACCCUGCUUAGGGUAUCUUUCUGGAAUAUAAGUUCUCUUUAAAUGCUUUGUACUAUCCUACAUGAAAGUAUUAUUUGUCACCCAUUGGAGAUAGUUAUCAGCCUCAAUGGCCUUUCAGGAACUCCUGAAUCAAGUUGGAAGCCUAGGGAGAUUCCAGAUCCUUCAGAUAACUUUUGUUAUCUUCGUCAAUGGCCUUAUAAUAAGUCAUAUUAUAAUGGAGAAUUUUACUGCAGCCAUUCCUAGUCAUCGGUGCUGGGUCCCUAUACUUGACAAUGACACUGUCUUUGAUAAUGACAGUAGGACACUGAGCCAAGAUGACCUCCUGAAAAUCUCCAUCCCCUUGGACUCUAACCUGAGACUGGAUAAGUGUCGUCGUUUUGCCCAACCACAGUGGCAUCUUCUUCAUUUGAAUAUCACUUUCUCCAGUGUGACAGAGCCAGACACUGAGCCCUGUGUGGAUGGCUGGGUGUAUGACAGGAGCAACUUCUUUCCCACCACUGUGACUGAGUGGGACCUGGUAUGUGAAUCUCAGGCACUGAAUUCUGUCACUAAAUUUUCAUUCAUGACUGGCCUAUUUAUAGGAGGUAUCAUAUGUGGCCAUCUGUCAGACAGGUUUGGGAGGAAGUUCAUUUUAACUUGUGCUUUAUUACAAUUGGCCAUCACUGAAACCUGUGUAGCUUUUGUUCCCACCUUCCUCAUCUACUGCUCACUUCGAUUCCUGGCAGGAAUGUCUGUGGAACCCAUAUUAAUGAAUAGCAACUUGCUCAUGUUAGAAUGGACAAGACCUAAAUUCCUAGCCAUGGUACCAGUGAUUUUAUCUUGUGCUAAUAGUAUUGGAAACAUGGUAUUGGCAGGCCUGGCUUUUUUUUUUCGAAACUGGCACCACCUCCAGCUGGCAAUGUCUGUGCCAAUAUUCUUCUUCCUUAUACUCACAAGGUGGCUCUCAGAGUCAGCUCGGUGGCUGAUUGUGACCAACAAACCCCAGAAGGGCUUAAAGGAACUUAGAAAAGUUGCACACAUGAAUGGAUUGAAGAAUUCUGGAGACACCCUAACCAUGGAGGUUGUGAGAACAAGUAUGAAGAAGGAACUUGAGGCAGCAAAGACAAAACCUUCUCCAAGAGACUUGUUCCACACACCCAUCCUACGUAAGCGGAUAUGUCUCCUGUCCUUUGUGAGAUUUUUAUUAACACUAUCAAUUUUUGGCAUGUCAAUUCACCUCCAACACCUGAGUACUAAUGUUAUCCUGUUGCAGUUUCUCAUUAGUUCAGUGUCCAUACUAUUAAGUGUUAUUGGACAUUUUGUACUUAAUCACAUGGGCCGUAGAAUAUCUCAGCUGGCUUUCAUGUCCCUGAGGGGAUUCUUCAUUCUGACUGUCAUAUUUGUACCUCAAGAAAUGCAGACCCUGCGUAUUAUUAUGGCCACAUUGGCAGGAGCACUUUCUUCUGUAUGUAUUGGUAUUAGUGGUCUUUAUACAAAUGAGCUACUCCCGACCACACUAAGGGCAACAAGUGCAGGAGCCAUUGGAAUGUUUGGUAAUAGUGGAUUAAUCCUGGCCCCCCUGUUUAUGAUGCUAGCGACAUACUCUACCAAAUUGCCUUGGAUCUUCUAUGGAGGCUUCUCCAUCCUCAAUGGGCUUACUGUGUUUCUCCUUCCUGAAACUAAGGAUCAGCCUCUUCCUGAGUCCAUCCAUGAUGUAGGAAAUGAUUGGAAAGAGUCAAGACAAUCAAAGAAAGAGGAUCCCAUCAUUAAAGUCACAAGGUUUUAAGGAACUCCUGGAUUUGUCAUCUGAUCAAAGAACAAGAGAAAAAAUGGUAUUCGGAACAUGAUGACAUUUUUUUCAGAAUGAUUACUCAGAAUUACACAUUGAUAUUGUCAAACUUCUUAAUAAAUAUAGAUAAAUAGAAAACACAGAUCACAUUGGAAAUGCUGCGAUAGAUUACUAUAUGUCAAAUACCUAGGACUAAUCACAUAAGUGAUUUGAAGAAUUGAAAAGAACAUUGAAAGAAAUCCUGCUUGACUAUUUCUGUAAUCAUGCAUAUUAUUUCUGGAUAAUAUAUAUAUUCUAUUUUUCCACUGCUGUGGUACAAUGCUUGAGAAAAUUAAAGGAAGCAAUCUUUAUUGUUUUUCCC